AUGAAUUUAACUUCGGAGUUAUCGACUUUGUCAAACCGACAGUUUGUAGACUAUUUUGACGGAGGAAAUAUCACUGUAGAAGACGUGGGCCAAGAACAGGUUGUUGUAAUCACAACGUAUGCGGCACUUAUGAUGGUGGGUGGACUGGGGAACCUUAUGGUGCUGGUGACACUGACCAGGACGCGACGGAGGAAGUCCAGGGUUGAUUUGUUGAUGACGCAUUUAGCUGUUGCUGAUGUUUGCGUCAUAUUUAUUGUCAUUCCACUUGAGAUUUGCUGGAAGGUUACGAACGCGUGGUUGGCAGGAAACCUCAUGUGUAAGAUGCUGCUGGUGAUGAGAGCGUUUGGCCUCUAUUUGUCCUCUAACGUUCUCGUCUGUAUUUCACUGGACAGGUACUUCGCUGUGGUGCAUCCUCUCCGCUUGUCUGCAGCGCGGACUAGAAGCAAACAUAUGUUAUACUGCGCCUGGGCUGUUGCUCUAACUUGCAGCCUUCCUCAGAGUGCCGUAUUUCGCCUGAUGCGCCACCCAUAUAUCGCGGGGUUCGAGCAGUGCGUCUCGUUUGAAGCCUUCGCGAGCCCGACGCUGGAGGUCGCGUACAACGUGUUCUGUGUCUGCGCGAUGUACUUUCUGCCACUGCUGGUGAUCAGCGUGUGUUACGUCUCCAUCUUCUGGGAGAUACGACGCAGCAGUCAUGAACUUACAGAGAAAUGCGACCACAGCCAGUCAGCGGGCGGAGGGGUGAGGCUUCGUCGCUCGGACCGACGCGUAUUGGAACGAGCUCGUCAGCGCACGCUGCGGAUGACUGUCACCAUUGUUUUUGUGUUCGCUUUCUGCUGGUUGCCGUACGCCAUCAUGACUCUUUGGUACAUGUUCGACCGAAGCUCGGCAUCUCGAGUACCAUCUCAGCUGCAGGAGCUGCUGUUCGCGAUGGCAGUCUCCAACUCCUGCAUGAACCCGCUGGUCUACGGAACCUACACUCUACGCCUGAACCGUUCACUGCAGAGGAUAUUGGCCAAUUUGUGCUGUUUAUCAGACACCGAGACACUAACAUAUGGUACAUAA